AUGGUGUGGCAUACAUAUGAGGAUCGUUUAUUGGCGCACUAUAUAUUUAAAACCCGACCAGUUAACCCCUAUCGCGAUGGUGUAGCGGUGCUGUGUAAUGGGGAUAUACACUUUGCAAAAAUGUUUGUUUCUAUGGAUUCGUCCCUCCCUACUGGCGAUGUCCGUCUGCGUGUUGUGAAUGUAUUUGAUCGACCCGUAUAUGUGGUUAUGAUAAGACCGCUUUCAAAAUGUUGCCCUAUUCAUAUACUUCCCGAACCCAAUGCAGCUUACCCAAAUCGUGAUUUGGCUGUGGAUAUAAAAAUGGGUUUAGGACGUGUUGCGCCAGUAGAUAGAACUGUUGGUGUUGAGGUGGUACGUCGUAGAAUUUGUGCGGCGACACAUAUUUUAUAUUCGUCUGAAUUAUUAAAAAUAGUCCAAAAAUAUGAAUGGUGGUGAUGAAUGUGAUCAUGGUUUAGGGGAACCAUUAGAAGUGUUGGAGGAUGAGGAAUGUUUAAUGGUUAUAAAAGAAAUGAAAAAGGACCGUAAAGAUUUUAAUUUUUAUACAUCACUACUUUAUGAGAUAGACGGUGUACGACUUGUGGACGAGACAAUGAGCUUGCAAAUAUGUGCUCAUGGGGGUGUAAGACCGUUACCCUGUGUAUAUACCUAUCUGAAUGAUGUAUCAUUUACAAAUGUGGCGCGUAUCUUGAAAAUAACACAUAUCGAUUGGGCUAAUGCGCGUUAUUGUACGGUUUUUAUAACAAUACCAAUUUAUCCGAUUUUUAAAAAUUUAUGGGCUAAUGCGUGUACGUUGCCUAAACAAGAAGUUAGUGUGCGUGUUGGACAUCAGUGUAUGUUACAACGUCGUCCGGGCAUUGACCUAUCUAGGGGUAGAUAUGAAGACCGGGUUAUUGUUCAUUAUAAAUCACUUAUGGUUGCUAUAAAGGAAAUGCUCGUAGAAAGGGACGUUAACGAGAUGUGCGAAUCGCUUAUUAAUACUGAUAUAUUAUACUCUUACCGAUUUGUUUGUGUGGCAAUGUUUGCAUUACGUUUGCAAGCCGCUGUUUAUACGUAUAUGUGUGCGUGCCCGUGUAAUUCUGAAAAUGAGUGCAGGUGUGAGAAUAUUUGUUCUACUGUUUUAGACAUAUUUGGCACCUGGAAACUGUGUUGA